AUGGAGGAUCAAGAGAUGAAUUCUGACGAAGAAGAGUUGGUUGUUUGCGACACAUGUGGUGUAAUUAAUGGGUGUGAGCAUUAUUACAUUCAAGAUAAUGCUGAACGAAAUCUUCAAACUGAUGACUUCACAGAGGAAACAAUAUCGGAAUUGUUAAUCUCUUUUGUUUCAUUACGUCCACCACUUUGGGACCACAGGCUCCCUUUAAGUCAAAGAACAAAAUCAAUAAAAGAUCAGUUGUGGGUGGAGAUAUUAAGUGAAUUUGGAGGUAACACAGAUUUAACACCUGCCAUACUGCAAAAAAAAUGGAAAAAUCUACGAGAUAAGUACAUAAAAACGAAAGCAGAGUUGGAUACCUAUACCCCAUCCGGAAGUGCGGCAAAAAAAAAGAAGGAAAUCUGGAAACAUUUUGAUGCCAUGGCAUUCCUAAGGGACACAGUUGCACCUAGAACGACCAUUAGUAGCCACUCCACUGAAAGUGUGUGCCUUUUUUCUCCACCUUCAACUAGUAAUGAAGGAUUUGAAGUUACUCCUUCUAAACGUAAAAAUAAGACUGGAAACGAAGAACAAAUUGCAAGUUCCAUAUUACAGGCUGUGGAAAAAGUUUGUACAACUGAGAGUACCAACGUUCAACUGAACCCAAUAUGCCAGAGAAUAUCGGAAUUGUUAGAAAAAAUUCCUGCGAGGGAAAAAACUGAACUAGAAAUUAAACUUCUGACAAUAACAUAUGAUGCUGCAAAGCAAUAUAUGUAA